UAUGCCUGUUUUGUCCUGCAGGUUGCAGUGUUAGGCUUACUGUCCAGUGAGCAGAAGGCACAGUUCAUCUUACAGCCGGAUUCAGGAGUGUUGGGAAAUGACUCUGUGUUUAGAGAGGUGUUUAGCAGUGUGAUCACAUCUUUAGAUCUGAAUCAACUUGGCGGCUUUUUCACAGCCUUCAAUCAGACUGCAAUACAAAUGAACUUGACCAGCAUUCCUCCAAUAAUAUCAGACACCAUUCUGAACAUGACGCUCUUGUAUCUGGUGCCUCACUUCCAAAGUUUCAGCCCAGAUGACUUUGCCCUGUGGUUCCAGACUUACCUUUCCUUCUUCCUUCCUGGGAUUGGUCCAAACACCCUGUCCAUCAUCCCCAUGAAGAUCAGCUGUGACUCCUACAAAGAGAUAGUGAAAGGACUUGAUAAUGUGUAUAGUGACCUCUCUGCAGCACAGUCCAACAUUGUCUUCAAUUACACACAAGACUAUCUCAAGUACCAGUCCAGCCAAGGCCUGAGCUGCUAUGAUAGCGGAAGCUUCUACAUGUUCCUGAAAGAGUUGUUCCUCAGUUUUGGAUUCCCUGACCUGAAGGAUUUCCUGUCUCUGAUCCCACCUGACCGACAGGAAGAGCUUUUGGACUCCAUCUCUCCUGAAGAACUCAGCGAGUUUCUGAACAGGCCGAACACAGUCGUUAAUGGUUCUGAGCUCUGCACACUCCUCAACAACUACAAUAGAACCGAUCAGUUCCUAGAGAUGGAGCCUGUUUUGUCCUCAGCUCUGGCCAGCCACACGUUGGAGUGUGUGUGGCCUCGAGCUCUCAGUGCCUCAUCUCAGGCUGAUGUAGAACAGUGGUUUAAUGUCACCCUGGUUCACUACCUGCCCUACCUCAGUUCUCAGCUCAUCAGCGCUGCCGAACUCAGUGGCGCCUCCUGUCUGUCAUACAGGAAACUGGUGUCUGUCCUGGGGGACAACUACAAUUUUUCCGCGACUGAUUUCACCCCGGCUGAUGUGUACAGCUCUAUGAAAGUGUAUCUGAACAGCAGCGAUGGCAGCCCCCGCUGCUAUAACUCCUCAGAUCCUCUUCUGAACUCCAGUGCCUGGUUUGUUGACAACAUCGGAUUCUUCAUCACUUUCAUCAACCUCGUUGAUCUGCAAACAUUCCUAUCAGGAAGCAUGAUAAGUGUGUUCCUGGAGAACUCAGAAAAUCUUCAGCUGUUCAACAACUCAGUAAUUUCAGCUAGUGUCCUCGAGUACUAUACAACAGCGUUAUACAUCCAGAAUCCUGACUUCAGCCCACUCGGUUUGCCAGCUGAGCUGCUGUGUCAAACUCCUUCCUCCGUGUUUGUUCAUCUUGGAGAUGCAGACGUCAAAACCAUCCUGGCGAGCAUCAACAACUUCUGCACAGAAAUUAAUCCAGAGGUCACAGCGGUGCUGGUAGCAAAGUUCCCCAAUGUAUCUGCAUCCACCAUCCAAUCUUUGGGCAGCCAAUGUGUGGGCCUGACUGUGGGCCAGAUAAGCUCCGCCCCCUCCGAUGUGAUAAACAGUGCUCUGUCUACACUCGGUGACAUCAGUGGCUGGGAUCAGGGCCAAAUGAACGCUCUCAUCCGGAGCAUCAUUAGUGCAGGCUUUAAUAUCAGCAGUGCCUCCUCUCUGGUGUCCCUGGGAACACUCAUCGGUGGCGUUCCCUCUACAACCAUCUCCAACAUCCCAUCUUCUCAGCUUCUCUCCUUAUCACAGAAUCCAACAUUCAUCAAUAACAUUCUGUCAGCACCAGUUAUUCUGCAACAGACAUUUGUCCAGAAGGUAAUCUCUGUAGACCAAACCGAAGUGAUACAGAAUGUUCCGGAUGCACUGGUGAUGUAUAUUCCACUUGUUCUACUGACAUCACUGAGCUCUGUUGACAUUUCACUCAUCAAUAACAAGAGCUGGAGUCAUGAACAGGCUAUGGUGUUGUUUGGUGCAGUGGCCAGUGCCAGUGAUAAUCCAGAAGAUCUGUCAGCAUCAGUACUGCAGGGAUUCUCCUGCAGCUCAGUUCAGACUCUCCCACAGCAAAAAAACAAAGAUCUAGUGAAAGCCUGUAGACCACGUGCAGGCAGAGACAAGGUCCUCCUGAAAGAGGCUCAGCUGACCUGCAUGUACAACUAUGUGAAAGACGAUCCAUUUGUUGACUUUACCGACGUCCCCUCUGAGAUGCUUCUGUACUACAGCUAUGAGAAGAUACAGAAGGGGAACUGCCAGUCAUAUUUCAGUGCCCUGGGCAGAGCAGAUUUCUCUGUUCUUUCCCCUGCCCUUGACAAAAAGACCAUCCUGUUCAACGAUGCAAAGGACUGCUUGGGUAUAUCUGGCGUGAGUCUGACCAGGGAUCAGGUGGAGGUUCUAGGGAAUAUGGCCUGCACACUGGACUCCUCCUACAUCCAAAAUUCUGACCCUCUCAUUUUGGAGAAACUCAAGAACUGUGGAGAUCUAUCCGAUUCUCAGAUUACCGCUGUACAGUCACGGCUCCUCAAUGGGAACACCGCGUACGGUAAUCCCUCCACAUGGAAUGAGCAGACCGUGGAGCAACUUGGCAUCCUGGCUGUCUAUUUCAAAUCAGACCUCUGCAACACACUUAACUUUAAUGUGAAGAGGAAGUUCCUUUCAGUCCUGAGGGAGCAGAAGAUCCCUAUGUGGAAGAUAAGGACAUUCUUUAUAGAAUGCAACUCAGAAAGCGCUACAGUGAGCGACAUCACAGCGGCAACAAUUGCAGAUGCGUCAUUUCCUUUCGGCUUUAACUCCACGCAGUUCGAUCUGUAUCUGGACGUCGCUGUCCUGCAGGACAACCUGGCAGCCAUCACUGAGAAAGUGGUGGACACCAGCCUCCAGACUGUCAUUCUGAACAAGUUAAAUCAGAUUUACACAUCGGGCCUUGAUGAUGGUGUGCUGCAGCUACUGGGUUCCACUUCUCGUGUGGCCAGUAUUGAUGACAUUAGCAACUGGAACAUUACCAUAAUUGACACGCUGUCCUCUUUGAUGGACUCAAAGGAUGGACAGUGGGAACCAGAAAAGAGUAAAGCAGUGAUUAUGAGGUAUCUGAGCAUGGAUAAUCGCUCUAUGGGAAGUGCUGAAAUAAGUGUAGUUGGUUCCAACAUCUGUACUUUAGACAUCAGUGUACUGGAAAAUAUCUCUGCUGAGAGCCUAAAGGCGCUCCUGUCUCCAGAUCUGUCCUCAUGUUCCAUUGAACAGAAGUCUGCUUUGUACAUCAUCGCCAACUCUUCAUUCAGCAAUCAACGCAGCAAUGCCAUAACAUAUUACCAACUCAUGAGUCCUUACCUGGGUGGAGCUCCUUUGGAGGACAUACAAGCCCUUUCGACUCAUUGCAUCAGCAUGGACAUCACCAUAUUCACUAGUCUGAACCCUGCUGUACUUAAGGCCCUGAAUGUGAGCACAGUGCAAGCUUUAAUGGGGGUAAAUGUGGCAGACUUGAAGCUGUUUGAGAACUCUUCAGUGGUUCAGUCCUGGGUGUCACAACAGAACCAGUCUGAUUUAGAUAUGCUGAACCUUGGCAUCAUCAACACCAAUGGCAGUAAUUAUACCGCCAUCAUCAGUACAACCACUUCUAGUACCAGAACAGCUACUGAGACUGCCACAUCUGCCAAUUUCACUAAAAUGACUACAAUAAUCAACACACCUGCCAUUACCAGUGCCAUCCUCACCACCACUGCUUUCCCCACUAAAAGUUUCGAAGUAACUUCUUCAGUUGGAACAACUGUCAACACAACUGCCACUGCCAAUCCCCUCCUUACCACCACUGCUUCCAGUACUACAAGUAUGAGAAUGACCACGUCUACUGCAACAAAUGUCAACAUAACUGCCACUGCCAAUCCCCUCCUUACCACCACUGCUUCCAACACUACAAGUAUGAGAAUGACCACUUCUGCUGCAACAAAUGUCAACAUAACUGCCACUGCCAAUCCCCUCCUUACCACCACUGCUUCCAACACUACAAGUACAAGAGUGACCACUUCUACUGCAACAAAUGUUAACACAACUGCCACUGCCAAUCCCCUACUUACCACCACUGCUUCCAACACUACAAGUAUGAGAAUGACCACUUCUGCUGCAACAAAUGUCAACAUAACUGCCACUGCCAAUCCCCUCCUUACCACCACUGCUUCCAACACUACAAGUACAAGAGUGACCACUUCUACUGCAACAAAUAUUAACACAACUGCCACUGCCAAUCCCCUACUUACCACCACUGCUUCCAACACUACAAGUAUGAGAAUGACCACUUCUGCUGCAACAAAUGUCAACAUAACUGCCACUGCCAAUCCCCUCCUUACCACCACUGCUUCCAACACUACAAGUACAAGAGUGACCACUUCUACUGCAACAAAUGUCAACACAACUGCCACUGCCAAUCCCCUCCUUACCACCACUGCUUCCAACACUACAAGUAUGAGAAUGACCACGUCUACUGCAACAAAUGUCAACACAACUGCCACUGCCAAUCCCCUCCUUACCACCACUGCUUCCAACACUACAAGUAUGAGAAUGACCACGUCUACUGCAACAAAUGUCAACAUAACUGCCACUGCCAAUCCCCUCCUUACCACCACUGCUUCCAACACUACAAGUAUGAGAAUGACCACUUCUGCUGCAACAAAUGUCAACAUAACUGCCACUGCCAAUCCCCUCCUUACCACCACUGCUUCCAACACUACAAGUACAAGAGUGACCACUUCUACUGCAACAAAUGUUAACACAACUGCCACUGCCAAUCCCCUCCUUACCACCACUGCUUCCAACACUACAAGUAUGAGAUUGACCACUUUUACUGCAACAAAUGUCAACAUAACUGCCACUGCCAAUCCCCUCCUUACCACCACUGCUUCCAACACUACAAGUACAAGAGUGACCACUUCUACUGCAACAAAUGUUAACACAACUGCUACUGCCAAUCCCCUCCUUACCACCACUGCUUCCAACACUACAAGUAUGAGAAUGACCACUUCUACUGCAACAAAUGUCAGCAUAACUGCCACUGCCAAUCCCCUCCUUACCACCACUGCUUCCAACACUACAAGUAAGAGAAUCACCACUUCUUUUGAAAGCACAUCCAGUGCCACUGCCAACCCAUGUCAGGAUGUAGACAGUCAAGCAAUUGAGACUACACUCUUGUAUGGAAAUGCUUCUGCAGUACUGUGCAACUUCAGCAUCACUGACUAUGCCUGUUCAUCAGUUGCUGUUCUUUCCACUGAUGAUCUAGCCAAACUGCUAAAAUGUAAACUGACAGGCAUCAUAAAGUACCCCAAAGAAGUUUGGAAACUUUUCUUCCACAAUUUGGCUGCACCUUUGGAUGAAGCCCUGGACAAGGUUUACAACAUGAACCUCAGCAAUGUUGAGGCUGACCCAAGCAUACUUAAUGCUAUCGGGGAGGUGAUAAUCAAUGACUUCACUGCAGCACAGCUGAAGAAUGCCACAUUUGUAACCGAGUGGUUCCAGAUGAGGCUCAGACCAUUUUUAUCAUCAGUGUCCACAGACAUUCUUUCCCACCUCAGUUCCAAGAACUUCAGCUGUGAGACGUACCAAAUUGUGGUGGAAUCUCUCAGUAGUCAAGAGUCACUCAUGAGAGUAGAACAAAGGCAGUCGGUCAUUACUUCUUUCAUCUUUCCCUUCCUGUCAAGAGCUGACCUGCCAGAUCCUGGCUGUGUUUCCAACACUUCUAGCAGCAUUAACUGGCUUGAAAAGAACCUUGGCAAUUUCUCCAUUUAUGCAUCUUUGGAAGAGCUGAAAAUUCUAAAUGCAAAUUUCUCUAUCGUUGCAGUGUUAGGCCUACUGUCCAAUGAGCAGAAGGCACAGUUCAUCUUGCAGCCGGAUUCAGGAGUGUUGGGAAAUGACUCUGUGUUUAGAGAGGUGUUUAGCAGUGUGAUCACAUCUUUAGAUCUGAAUCAACUUGGCGGCUUUUUCACAGCCUUCAAUCAGACUGCAAUACAAAUGAACUUGACCAGCAUUCCUCCAACAAUAUCAGACACCAUUCUGAACAUGACGCUCUUGUAUCUGGUGCCUCACUUCCAAAGUUUCAGCCCAGAUGACUUUGCCCUGUGGUUCCAGACUUACCUUUCCUUCUUCCUUCCUGGGAUUGGUCCAAACAUCCUGUCCAUCAUCCCCAUGAACAUCAGUUGUGACUCCUACAGAGAGAUAGUGCAAGGACUUGAUAAUGUGUACAGUGACCUCUCUGCAGCACAGUCCAACAUUGUCUUCAAUUACACACAAGAUUAUCUCAAGUACCAGUCCAGCCAAGGCCUGAGCUGCUAUGACAGCGGAAGCUUCUACAUGUUCCUGAAAGAGCUGUUCCUCAGUUUUGGAUUCCCCGACCUGAAGGAUUUCCUGUCUCUGAUCCCACCUGACCGACAGGAAGAGCUUUUGGACUCCAUCUCUCCUGAAGAACUCAGUGAGUUUCUGAACAGGCCGAACACAGUCGUUAAUGGUUCUGAGCUCUGCACACUCCUCAACAACUACAAUAGAACCGAUCAGUUCCUGGAGAUGGAGCCUGUUUUGUCCUCAGCUCUGGCCAGCCACACGUUGGAGUGUGUGUGGCCUCGAGCUCUCAGUGCCUCAUCUCAGGCUGAUGUAGAACAGUGGUUUAAUGUCACCCUGGUUCACUACCUGCCCUACCUCAGUUCUCAGCUCAUCAGCGCUGCCGAACUCAGUGGUGCCUCCUGUCUGUCAUACAGGAAACUGGUGUCUAUCCUGGGGGACAACUACAAUUUUUCCGCGACUGAUUUCACCCCGGCUGAUGUGUACAGCUCUAUAAAAGUGUAUCUGAACAGCAGCGAUGGCAGCCCCCACUGCUAUAACUCCUCAGAUCCUCUUCUGAACUCUACUGCCUGGUUUGCUAAUAACAUUGGAUUCUUCAUAACCUUCAUCACCCUCACCGAUCUCCGGUCAUUUAUAUCAGAUAGCAAGAUUGGUGUGUUCCUGGAGAAUUCGGAAAAUCUUCAGUUGUUUAGUAACUCAGAAAUUUCAGCCAAUGUCACAGAAUACUACACAACUCAAUUAUACAUCCAGAAUCCCAACUUUAACCCUCUCAGAUUACCAGGUGGACUUCUCUGUGAAGCUCCUGCCUCUGCAUUUGUUCCUCUUGGAAAUGCAGACAGUCAGAUCAUUCUGUCGGGCAUCAACAAAUUCUGCAAUGAAACCAAUCCAGAGAUCACAGCAGCACUGGUGGAAAAGUUUCCUAGUGUGUCAGCACCUGCAAUUCAGUUGCUUGGCAGCCAGAGUGUUGGCCUGACUGUUGGCCAGAUAAGCUCCGCCCCCUACAAUGUGAUAAACAGUGCUCUGCCUACACUCAGUAACAUCAGAGGCUGGGACCAGGGCCAAGAAAAUGCCCUCAUCCAGAGCAUCAUUAGUGCAGGCGUUAAUAUCAGCAGUGCCUCUUCUCUGUUAUCUCUGGGAACACUCAUCGGUGGCGUUCCCUCUGCAACCAUCUCCAGCAUCCCAUCUUCUCAGCUUCUGUCUUUAUCCCAGAAUCCAACAUUCAUCAAUAACAUUCUGUCAGCACCAGUUAUUAUACAAGAAACCUAUGUCCAGCAGGUAAUCUCUGCAGACCAGUCCAAAGUGAUAGAGAAUGUCCCAGAUGCAUUGGUCAUGCAUAUCCCAGUUAUUCUACUGUCAUCACUGAGCUCUGUUGAGAUUUCACUCGUUAAUAACAAGAGCUGGAGUCAUGAACAGGCUAUGAUGUUGUUUGGUGCAGUGGCCAAUACUAGUGAUAAUCCAGAAGAUCUGUCAGCAUCAGUACUGCAGGGAUUCUCCUGCAGCUCAGUUCAGUCUCUCCCACAGCAAAAAACCAAAGAUCUAGUGACAGCCUGUAGACCACGUGCAGGCAGAGACAAGGUCCUCCUGAAAGAGGCUCAGCUGACCUGCAUGUACAACAACAUGAAAGAAGACUCUGUGAACUUCACUGAUGUCCCUACUGACAUGCUCCUCUAUUACAGGGUAUAUCUGGUGUGA